AUGGCUGUCCACUCUAAGGACAAGGCUUUGAUGUGCAAAGUAUUUCCCUCCAGUUUGGGACCUGUGGCGAAGAGAUGGUUCGAUGGUCUGAGGGCCAAUUCCAUAGAUUCCUUUAAAGAGCUUACUCGGGCCUUUGACUCUCGUUUCAUUACGUGUAGUAGGGUACCUCGGCCUUUGGACUCACUAUUGUCCUUAUCCAUGCGAGAGGGGGAGACCCUAAAAAUGUACUUGGAUAGAUACUGGGAGAUGUAUAAUGAAAUAGAUGGUGAUUUUGAUGACGUGGCCAUCAGUACUUUUAAGGUUGGCCUCCCAACUGAGCACGGUUUAAGGAAGUCUCUGACGGGAAAGCCUGCCACCAACGUGCGCAAACUCAUGGACCAGAUCGACAAGUAUAAAAGGGUUGAGGAAGACCAGCAACAGGGGAAAGGAAAUGAUAAGGCUAUCCCUCAGGAGAGGAAGGAUUUCAGGUCGGACCUAUACAACAACAACUGGCCUCGGAGAGACUUUGCCGGGCAGUCAGGACCUUCCAACACUCAGGCAGUUAACGUGGUGUUUCAAGAAUCGGUGCAUCAGGUUUUGGAAAAGAUUAAGAAUGAGUCGUUCUUCAAAUGGCCAAACAAGAUGGUAGGAAACCCCAUGAAGCGUAAUUAG